AUGGCUCAGCGCAUCAUGCGUCCACACACACUUCAGAAGACACUGAAAUCCACAUUCUUGCCUGUAACGGUCGCUCCCACUCGUCCGGGCGCAAUCUCACUCUGUCAGACUCGACACAGCUCACACUCGCCGUUGGGUGCUCCUCCAGCGGCACCAAGGAAGAAGGUUACAAUCAAUACACUACAAGCCCUCUACAAGAAGGAUGAACCUAUUACCAUGUUGACGGCCCAUGAUUUCCCGAGUGCUCAUGUCGCCGACCAUGCUGGGAUGGAUAUAAUACUAGUGGGAGACAGCCUAGCAAUGGUUGCAUUGGGCAUGGAGGAUACAAGCGAGGUGGUGCUUGAAGAGAUGAUACUUCACUGCCGGAGCGUUGCACGUGCUACCAAGGCUGCUUUCACUAUCGGUGACCUCCCCAUGGGCUCCUACGAAAUAGCCCCCGAGCAAGCUCUCGAAUCCGCAAUCAGAGUCGUGAAAGAAGGUCGAGUUCAGGGCAUCAAACUCGAAGGUGGCCUAGAGAUGGCCCCUACGAUAGAACGGAUCACGCGAGCUGGCAUCCCAGUCCUAGGCCACAUCGGUCUUACACCUCAGCGUCAAAACGCUCUCGGAGGCUUCCGAGUCCAAGGGAAGACAACUCUCGGCGCCCUCAAAGUUCUGGAAGAUGCCGAAGCUGUACAAGCAGCCGGAUGCUUCGCCGUUGUCCUGGAGGCUGUACCCGCUGAGGUAGCGAGUCUGGUCACGAAGAAGCUGAAAAUCCCUACUAUCGGCAUUGGUGCUGGCAAUGGGUGCUCCGGACAGGUACUCGUCCAAGUCGAUAUGUCCGGCAACUUCCCACCAGGCCGCUUUCUCCCCAAGUUCGUCAAGCAGUACGGCGAUGUCUGGGGCGAGAGCAUGAAAGCUAUCCAAGCCUACAAGACCGACGUGAAGAGUCGGGCAUACCCUGCUCCGGAGCACACCUAUCCCAUGCCGGCAAAAGAGUUCGCGGAAUUUGAGAACCUUGUUAAAUCCAGAAUUAUCUGA